AUGAGCGAGGAGUGUGCGAACCCCCUACUUUUGGGGUGGAUUAAAGAAUGGCUGGACCAAGCCCGUGAGCGCAACAGCAAAGGCGUGACAGUGUACAAGAAGGCAUAUGAGUCGAUGAAAGCGUGUCCCUUGGCUUUUGAUCAUCCCUCCCAAGCACAGCAACUGAAUGGACUAGGUCCGAAACUGUGCGAGCGCCUGACAGAGAAGCUGAAGGCCUACUGUCAAGAGAAUGGACUUCCCAUGCCACAAGUCCCAGGUCAAGGCAGCAAAAGGACAUCAGAUACAGGUGUUGCUGAACAACCGACAAAGAAGCCACGAAAGGCCAGGCCAUAUGUGCCGGCUUUGCGGUCGGGACCGUAUGCGCUCUUGCUGGGACUGGCCACUCAAGGGGAGAACGCCGACCAAGGCUUAACAAAAGCUCAUCUGAUAGAAGUUGCGCAGCCUUAUUGUGACAAUUCGUUCACUGCACCCCCAGACCCGACGAAGUUCUACACCGCAUGGAAUUCUAUGAAGACCUUAGUCCAAAAGGAUCUUGUCUACGAACACGGUCGCCCUCUCAGGAAGUAUAUGCUUUCUGAGGAGGGUUGGGAAGUGGCCAAACGCAUUCAAAAGACUCUGCCCGGCGCUUCCGUGAAUAUUCCUGCCUCUACAAGCAAUAGUUCUCGAAACCACCAGUCGCAGAUAGCUCCUGCUACUGGGGACAGGCCCAUUCCAAUUGAUGGCGACGACGAUAUUCUGGUACCCGCAGAGCCCACCCCCCUACUUGGUGAAGGAACUCAUGUGGAUGGCCCUACGGAACCUAUUGUACUUCCUCCCGGCAAUUUCACUGUUGAAUUAGUACUAGAUACUCGAGAAGUACGCACUCCCAAAGACCGAGCCUAUAUCUCUGAUGAGCUCAUAAAAAAAGGCAUCACGCCACACGUGCGGGCUCUGGAAUUGGGCGACGCAUUUUGGGUGGCCAAAUGCCGGGACCCUACAUAUCUCGCUCGCUAUGGCGAGGAAGGCGACGAGGUAAUGCUCGAUUGGAUCCUCGAAAGAAAACGUCUCGACGAUCUCAUUGGGUCUAUCAAAGAUGGACGAUUCCACGAGCAGAAGUUCCGUCUCGGUCGAUCGGGCAUCAAGAACGUGAUUUAUCUCAUUGAGGAAUUCACAGUGUCGCACGCCGAUGCUUCGACCGGCAGUGCAUCGAAGUAUCAAGAGAUGGCCGCUUCAGCCAUCGCAUCAACGCAAGUGGUUAACGGCUACUUUUUGAAGCGAACUCGUACUAUCGACGACUCAAUUCGAUAUCUCGCCCGCAUGACCAAGCUGCUGCGCAAAAUGUACGGCGCACACGAUCUGUCUAGUGACGAGCCUUGUCCUAGCCAAUCCGGCACCGCGUCAAGCAUAACCUCUGUUGCUGUUAUUCCAAGUCGGCGCAUCUCCUCGACAAAGUCUUAUCUCAGUCUACUGGAUGAACUUCGAGCUAAGGAUCCGGCAGUCACAUACGGUGUCACAUUCUCUACAUUCUCGGCCCUUGCUUCCAAGUCCAAUACCCUAUCCCUACGAGACGUCUUCUUGAAGAUGCUCAUGUGUAUCCGUGGCGUGACUGGCGAGAGAGCGAUGGAAAUUCAGCGCCUAUGGCCAACGCCACGGCACCUCGUGGAAGCAUACAUGGCACUGGAGCCCCACCAGCGGGAUACAUUAAUGUCAGAUAAACUACACUCUGUCGUAGGACGGAAGAACUUUGGCAAAGCAUUGAGCAAGAAGAUUGCCGAAGUUUGGGGAGAAGCUGGGUGA